AUGGCAACAAAAAUACUCGUCCUCGGCGGUACUGGCUUGGUUGGAGGCCAUGCUGCGCUAUACCUUCGAUCCAAAGGAAGGGAUGUCACUAUCGCUGGACGUAAAGAGCCCAGCGACGUUGCUGCGUUGUCCGAGCUCCCUUUCAUCCAAGGAGACUAUAUAAACGGGGGGUUCAGCACAGAAACUCUCUCCAAAUUCGAUGCAAUUAUCUUUGCGGCCGGCAGCGACGUUCGACAUGUGCCUGAGGGACAGAAUGCCGAUGAGCACUACCUCCAAGCCAACGGCCAGGCCAUACCAAACUUCGCGAAGCUCGCCAAACAGGCUGGAGUUAGCAAGUUUAUUCACAUCGGCAGCGCCUACCCGCAUAUCAUACCGGAGUCCAUCCCGACUGACCCAUACGUACGAUCUAGAAGGCUUGCUACAGAUGCAAUGAUGUCGCUAGCUGGACCCGAGUUCCAUAUUUGCAGUCUAGAUGCGCCCUUCAUCGUUGGGAACGUUCCAGGCAUGGUUAUACCAAUGUUCCGGGCUUAUAUCGAUUACGCCAAAGGAAACUUGUCCAUCCCUCCCUUCGCUCCACUUGGGGGACUGAACUUCAUUUCCACACAAUCGCUGUCCGAAGCCAUUGCAGGGGCUCUGGACAACAUUCAGGCUAUAUCAGGGAAGGCCAUCCUGGUUGGCGACCAGAACCUGACCUAUGCGGAGUACUUUCAGAUGUUCUUCCAGGCGGUUGGAAGUAAUCAACAAUUGGAGUCACUGGAUCAGGAUCACCCCCUACUGCCUCGAGCCACCUUAUAUGCAGGCGACAAGGUGGUCGAGUAUCAACCUGACCCUGUGGAACUGGCAUUGUUAGGGGGAUACCGCCGUGAUGACAUCCAAAAUGCCAUCGAAAAAAUAGUGACAGAGAAUCACUAA